UUUUAGCACUAGAAAUAGGGAACAAAAAGACAGUGUUCUACGAGAUGGAAGCUGCUAAGGGAACAGUGAAAGCUGUGGCUCUCCUCGUCGGAGAUAACAACGUUAGAGGUUCUCUUCAGUUUCUUCAAAACCUCAAUGGGAAUUAUACACAUGUAACUGGAAAGAUAACAGGGUUAUCACCAGGUCUUCAUGGCUUUCAUAUUCAUGCUCUUGGUGAUACUACCAAUGGCUGCAUCUCCACCGGUCCUCACUUCAAUCCACUGAAGAAGGAUCACGGAGCUUCUACGGAUGACGAGCGACACGCCGGUGAUUUGGGUAACAUUGUUGCAGGACCUGAUGGAGUUGCUUUGGUUUCUAUCAAAGAUCGACAGAUUCCACUAAGUGGAGUUCAUUCGAUACUCGGGAGGGCCGUCGUUGUUCAUGCUGAUCCGGAUGAUCUUGGAAGAGGUGGACAUGAACUCAGCAAAACUACUGGAAAUGCAGGCGCAAGAGUAGCAUGCGGUAUCAUUGGACUCCAGUCAUCUGUUUAAGAUAUUUGGGCUACAAAUAAUGAUAAUCUUUAUAGAUGGUGUAUACAAUGUAUGUUGAUUUCUCUAUAAAACUACAAUCAUGUUGUAACUACAUUUGGACCAGUUGCAAUAAUUACAAGUCAAUAAGUUCUUCUACAUUAUCAAGUUGUUUUCCUGCCCUCAAGUAGACGAUCAGUUGUAACUGUAGUAAAAAACUUCAUCCAAUAAUAUAGAUUGAAUGAUUGUGAUGUAAUAAGUUUUUAAUUUGUUAAAUCAAGAUCAGUGGGUUGUGAUUA